AUGGAGGGAGGAUCUCAUCGAGGAACGAAAAACGGAACACUCGAACAGCAAAAUGGAUUGAAUCUUCAGUUUCCUGGUGGAGAAAUUCUUGAAGACCAAAAUGAAAGCAUACUUGCAGUAGCUCAUGAACUCGCACUUGCUGGCGACGAACUAACGCGAAGGUUUUCAAAAAACGACAAAAAAGAAGAUACGCUUUGGCAGAACGUGAAACGAUACGCAUUCAUUGUUACGUUUCGUGUCCUGUUUGGGCUUGUAUAG